AUGACCCUCACCAAAGGCUCCUUCACCUACUCCAACGGGGAGGAGUACCGCGGCGAGUGGAAGGAAGGUCGCAGGCAUGGCGUUGGGCAGCUGACGUUUGCCGAUGGCACCGCUUAUGUGGGGCACUUUGAGAACGGGCUCUUCCACGGCUGUGGCGUGCUCACCUUUCCCGACGGCUCCAGGUACGAGGGGGAGUUUGUGCAG